CCAAAAGCCCCAAACCUGACUCCGAUAUCCUGAUAACCACCCGACCGCUUAUUUCUCCUCCUAUAUAUAACUGCAUGAACCCUUGUACUCGAACCGCAUUUGGGUCGGGUUCGAAUCUCGCAGAACCAAGAUAAUCAGUACCAGUGCUUAUGAGAUAACAUUGAGGAUUAAGAAAAUGAGCAUUGUGCCCAAGGAGACCAUUGAGGUCAUUGCUCAAAGCAUUGGGAUUAACAAUUUGUCUCCAGAUGUCGCGCUUGCUCUUGCUCCCGAUGUGGAAUAUCGAAUGCGUGAGAUCAUGCAGGAGGCCAUCAAAUGCAUGCUUCACUCUAAGAGAACGACAUUGACAGCAGAUGAUGUUGAUGGUGCACUCAACUUGAGAAAUGUUGAGCCAAUUUACGGCUUUGCCUCGGGGUGUCCUCUGCGAUUCAAAAGAGCUAUUGGACAUAGGGACUUGUUUUACAUUGAUGACAAGGAUGUGGAUCUUAAAGAUGUGAUUGACGCUCCUUUACCAAAAGCACCUCUUGAUACUGCAGUUCUUUGUCACUGGCUAGCUAUCGAGGGUGUGCAACCUGCUAUUCCGGAAAAUGCUUCUGUAGAAGUAAUUGCCGCUCCUGAUGAUGGUAAAAAGCAUGAACAAAAGGAUGAUGCACUUCCUGAUGAGAUUAAAUUACCGGUGAAGCAUGUAUUGUCUAGGGAGCUUCGGCUUUACUUUAAUAAAAUCACUGACCUAACAAUGAGUAGGUCUGAUUCGGUCCUUUUUAAACAAGCAUUGGCAAGUUUGGCUACAGACUCGGGACUUCAUCCAUUAGUUCCGUAUUUCACACGCUUUAUAGCUAAUGAGGUAUCUCAUGGUUUAAGUGAUUAUUCUCUUCUCUUCGCUUUGAUGCGUGUUGUGCGAAGUCUCCUUCAAAAUCCUCAUGUUCACAUAGAACCUUAUCUACACCAGUUGAUGCCUUCUGUGGUUACAUGCCUUGUUGCAAAAAGGUUGGGAAAUAGGUUUGCUGACAACCACUGGGAACUUAGAGACUUCACAGCAAACCUGGUUGCUUCGAUAUGCAAAAGGUUUGAGCAUGUUUAUAACAAUCUCCAGACACGUUUGACAAAAACUUUGCUCAAUGCAUUUUUGGAUCCAAAACGGGCAUUGACUCAACAGUAUGGUGCAAUUCAAGGGUUAGCGGCCUUGGGACCCAAUGUGGUUCGCAUGCUAAUACUGCCAAAUCUUGAGCCAUAUAUGCGACUUCUUGAACCAGAGAUGCUUCUUGAGAAGCAAAAGAAUGAGAUGAAGAGGCAUGAGGCUUGGCGUGUUUAUGGAGCCCUGCUGCAUGCAACAGGUCAAUGUAUAUAUGAUCGGCUCAAGAUAUUCUCACCUCUGCCAUCCCUGUCAGCACGUGCAGUAUGGAGGACCAAUGCAAGGGUUAUUACCACCCCACCAAAUAAACGCAAGGGGAGCAUGGAACACUUGGAAGAGCAGCCGCCGCACAAGAAAAUAGCCCCUGAUGGUCCAAUUCUUGCUGUGUCAACCAAUUCCUCGCCAUCUCACAUGGAAGAGGAAGCUCUGGUUCCACCAGCUCCCUUGAUUGAUUCUAAUGCAGGCCCAUCAUCAUCAUCCUCCUCUAGACAACCGACUAAUGACAUAAAUUUGGAUGGCAGAGGUAGGGGAGACAAGGGUGGUAGUCAAUCUCUGAAUAGGUCAGCUGUCCUCUCUCAGAUAUGGAAAAAUGACUUGGAUUCUGGGCGUCUCCUGGUAUUGCUGUUUGAGCUGUUUGGUGAAGGCAUUUUAUCCUUCAUUCCAGCUCCAGAGAUGUCUAUGUUUCUAGGGAACUUGAACAGGCAGGCUUUUGGACUCACGUUCAACAGCUUUCUUGAGGAAGCUAUCCUCUUCGAGGGCCAUCUGAACUGGCAAGAAGCCCAUGUCAUUAGCCAUGGCGAGCAUCAUCUUCUUGGUUUCCUCCUUGAACUCCUCCAGAUCAACUGCCCCAUUGGAGUCAUGAUCGAACCGCAUGAACAGGGAAUCAUAGAGACGAGCAAGCUCAUCUGGGUCAGGCUUCACGUCUAUCCCAAAGUGGGUCUCAAAGACCCUCAGACUCUGCAGCUCCUUCAACAUCUCAGCAUAGCAGAGAAGACCAUCGUGGUCUGUGUCAAGGCGAGCAAAACGGUCACGCAGGCUUUUGGACUCACGUUCAACAGCUUUCUUGAGGAAGCUAUCCUCUUCGAGGGCCAUCUGAACUGGCAAGAAGCCCAUGUCAUUAGCCAUGGCGAGCAUCAUCUUCUUGGUUUCCUCCUUGAACUCCUCCAGAUCAACUGCCCCAUUGGAGUCAUGAUCGAACCGCAUGAACAGGGAAUCAUAGAGACGAGCAAGCUCAUCUGGGUCAGGCUUCACGUCUAUCCCAAAGUGGGUCUCAAAGACCCUCAGACUCUGCAGCUCCUUCAACAUCUCAGCAUAGCAGAGAAGACCAUCGUGGUCUGUGUCAAGGCGAGCAAAACGGUCACCCAGGACGUUGGUGAAAUCCCGUCAAGACCUCCUGACUGGGACACUGCCGAGACUCGGUCGGGACAUCGCUGGGAUUCAACUGAGACCCCGCUAGGACCGAUCCGGACCCCACAGGAACCUGGUCAAAACACCGCUAAGGCCUUGCGGGGACUUGGUCGGGACCAUCUACACCAGUUGAUGCCUUCUGUGGUUACAUGCCUUGUUGCAAAAAGGUUGGGAAAUAGGUUUGCUGACAACCACUGGGAACUUAGAGACUUCACAGCAAACCUGGUUGCUUCGAUAUGCAAAAGGUUUGAGCAUGUUUAUAACAAUCUCCAGACACGUUUGACAAAAACUUUGCUCAAUGCAUUUUUGGAUCCAAAACGGGCAUUGACUCAACAGUAUGGUGCAAUUCAAGGGUUAGCGGCCUUGGGACCCAAUGUGGUUCGCAUGCUAAUACUGCCAAAUCUUGAGCCAUAUAUGCGACUUCUUGAACCAGAGAUGCUUCUUGAGAAGCAAAAGAAUGAGAUGAAGAGGCAUGAGGCUUGGCGUGUUUAUGGAGCCCUGCUGCAUGCAACAGGUCAAUGUAUAUAUGAUCGGCUCAAGAUAUUCUCACAUCUGCCAUCCCUGUCAGCACGUGCAGUAUGGAGGACCAAUGCAAGGGUUAUUACCACCCCACCAAAUAAACGCAAGGGGAGCAUGGAACACUUGGAAGAGCAGCCGCCGCACAAGAAAAUAGCCCCUGAUGGUCCAAUUCUUGCUGCGUCAACCAAUUCCUCGCCAUCUCACAUGGAAGAGGAAGCUGUGGUUCCACCAGCACCCUUGAUUGAUUCUAAUGCAGACCCGUCAUCAUCAUCCUCCUCUAGACAACCGACUAAUGACAUAAAUUUGGAUGGCAGAGGUAGGAGAGACAAGGGUGGUAGUCAAGCUCUGAAUAGGUCAGCUGUCCUCUCUCAGAUAUGGAAAAAUGACUUGGAUUCUGGGCGUCUCCUGGUAUUGCUGUUUGAGCUGUUUGGUGAAGGCAUUUUAUCCUUCAUUCCAGCUCCCGAGAUGUCCAUGUUCUUAUGACCAUUUUUACAAAGAUCUGCACUUCCAUAGUUACUCAUAUGUGUACAAAUUACACUUGCAUAUAUAAUUUUAAAGUUCUCAAGACCAAAUCUUUUGGUAAAUUUCUAUGAAGCUUUUAUGAAACAUUCAAUAGUA